CACACUCGCAGUGCGCGCAUCACACUUGACGCAUCCUAGUGUUGUCACUACACUACACUACACUACACUUAGUGCGAAAACUGAAUCCCGCUGCCGAGCAAGAUGGUGCAAAUAAAGGCAAUGCUGGUGCCAGCACUGCUGCUAUUGGCAUGCGUGGGAGCGUCACCGCCGCGGAAACACUACAAGCGCGAUGCGCCGCUGAGUUCAUCCUACCUGCCGCCCUCCAGUGGAGGCCAUGGAGGUGGCAGACCAUCAUCUUCUUAUGGCCCUCCGAGACCGUCGAGCAGCUAUGGCGCCCCGAGCCGCCCUUCAUCUAGCUACGGUCCUCCAAAACCAUCGAGCAGUUAUGGUGCUCCAGCCCCAUCCAGCAGUUAUGGCGCGCCAGCUCCUUCUUCUAGCUACGGAGCUCCCGCACCUUCCAGUUCAUACGGUGCCCCAGCACCAUCAUCUAGCUACGGUGCACCACCUCCUUCGUCCAGCUACGGAGCCCCGCCUUCUCGCCCCUCAUCAAGCUAUGGAGCUCCUAAACCAUCCAGCUCAUACGGAGCUCCUGCCAGGCCACCAGCGACGAGCUAUGGAGUCCCAACUGGACCUUCUACAUCUUACAAUGCACGGAGGCCUUCAAGCAGUUACGGUGCUCCAAAACCUUCAAGCUCUUAUGGUGCUCCUGCUCCAUCUAGUUCUUAUGGUGCCCCGGCUCCGUCUAGUUCUUAUGGUGCCCCAGCUCCAUCUAGCUCUUAUGGUGCACCUGCACCAUCCAGCUCAUACGGUGCACCAGCGCCAGCGCCAUCAAGCUCUUAUGAUGCACCUGCACCAUCCAGCUCAUAUGGUGCACCAGCGCCAGCACCAUCAAGCUCAUACGGUGCUCCCGCCCCAUCCAGCUCAUACGGUGCCCCAGCACCAUCCAGCUCUUAUGGGGCUCCUGCUCCAUCCAGUUCAUACGGCGCACCCUCGCCAUCAUCGUCAUACGGUGCCCCAGCGCCAUCUUCAUCUUACGGCGCCCCAUCAUCAGGAUCAAGUCACGGCAGCAGCGGAUUCAGCAGCAGUGCAUUCAGUGGCAGCGGAUUUGGAUCAAGCGGUUUCAGUGGCAGUGCUCCAUCCUCAAGCUAUGGUGCGCCUUCAGCUCCUUCCAGCAGCUAUGGCGCCCCUGCUCCUUCUAACUCUUACGGAGCACCAGCUCCAUCGAGCAGCUAUGGUGCGCCGAGUGCAGGUGGCUCUAGCGGAUUUUCGUCCAGCGGUUUCUCAUCGAGCGGUUCGGGUGGAUUCUCCUCAAGCAGUUCAGGAGGAUAUUCCUCUGGUGGAUCCGGGGGAUACUCUGGCGGGUCUUCCGGCGGCUCUGGCGGGUAUUCCUCUGGAGGACACGGCUCGAGCGGCGUCCCAGCUACUAUCAGUCAGGGUUACGAUUCAAAUGGUGGUUAUGUAUACUAAAAUAAGACUUUUAAUAUAAUAUUGAAUGAAUUCGAUAGUCAAAUUGAUAAGCGACUCGGAUAAGCUUUGCCUUGUCAUGAACUCUUCUUUAUAUAUAAACCCAGUUUCUCUCUAAUAAGGAUCUAAGAUGUGAAUUUCUACCACGAUAAAUAAAU